AUGUCGGCGCUGGAACCGGAUCUUGGGGCAAUGGUGGCCGGGCCUGUCAACAAGAAAGUUCGGGCCCUGGGGACUGAAGGCUGGUCCAAAUGGUCCUCGCUCCAGGACGACCUUGUCCGCCGCAUCGCCAACUCCUUCCUUGCCUCCAACGACCUCGACCACUACAUGUGCCUCCGUGCCGUCUGCCCCAGCUGGCGCUCCGCCACCGAUGACCCCAAGGAUAACGCCUCCGACCCUGUUUUCCACCCGCUCCGGUGGAUCAUCCUCGACGAGGUCUUCCAAGGCGACGAUGACAUGCGGAUUCUGUUCAACACCCACACCGGGCGCUUCCUGCACAAAAAGCUGCCCCUGCUCCGUGAAUACUAUGUCGUGGCCACCACCCCCAGCGGAUUCUUCGUCUUGGCAGAGAAGACCCCUCCUCACAGAGCUCGUGUCUUCAACCCUCUCACCGGCUGCUUGACCUGUUUCCCAUGGCCGGUGCCCCUCGAGGCGGGGGUCGCCCAGGUCGGCCGUGAUGACGGCUUGUUCUGCCUCUAUUUUCUUGGUGGCUCGUCUCGCAAAUUUUACACGGCCGUUCCGGAAAUUGAAAGUGUCUUCUCUAGAGACUGUCAGCAAGAAGUUUACAAUACUUUCCGGGAUGUAGUCCUAGCUGGUGCCUACCCACAAUACAUCUCUGCACCGGCGUUGGCUGCUGCAUUUGUUCCGCUAUCAGAUCUUCUGAGUUCUCAUUCUGAUUUUGUCAAGUUUUUAUCGAGUGCUCUUCCUGAAUAUGAUGUAAACAACAUCCGGUUCUGGUGUUAUGUAGUGGGUUUGGCUGCACAAGUUUUUCUGCACGUCGAAAUGGAAGGAAGAAUGCCCAUUGUGUUCAAGAUGAACACCGAGAUAGGCAAGAUUGAGCCUGUCGAGAGCGUUGGCACAUUUACCAUCUUCAUUGGUUGCCACAGGUGCUUGACUGUGGAUGCUGAUAAGUUCCCUGCGAUUGAGGCAAACUGCGUCUACUACACAUCAUAG